AUGCGAAUUUCAUUGGUUCUGAUUCCAGCAGCGAUCCUAUUGUCCAACGUGGUCAGUGCAACAACAGCUGGCUCGAACAUGGACAUCGAUGAGAUUGACUUCAAGGGUCAAGAACAAGUCGAAUUAAACAUAACAGAAACAUUUGAAACGUUUCAUUGGAAGUUGGAGAAGAAUGAUACCUUGACCGAUCGAAUCUUUACAUUGGAACUAUCUCAACCUGCUGAAUUCCAAAUCAUUGAUUACUUGAUGGGUGGCGAUGUAUUCGAGGUAUUGGACAAUGGUAAGUCUAUUGGUCAGACAUCUGAGCUUGAAGAUACGAUGCAUAGUGAGGGUGUAGCCUAUGUUACCACACCUGAAGAAGCCUUGGAUGAUGAACGUUUUUCAAAGGCAGGAUAUCUAUUGGAUGCUGGAAAGCACGAGAUUACGAUCAAAGUCGCUGAGUCUCUUCAUCAAAACGGUACCGGUGCCGUCCGUGUAGUCCAAAGCCUGCAGUCCUUCUAUAAUAGUAAGGAGGUUGAUAAGCCAUAUGACGACGAUGAUGAUAAGCAUGAUGAUUUUGAAGAUUUCUGGUCUAAUUACACUAAUAUUGAUUACAUUGUAAAUGAACCCUCUAUCACAAGCAUAUCGAGUACAACACUAAUAAUGACGGGUGUAUCUCUUGCACAACAAACCUCCUCUACUCCUCAUCACGAUUAG